AUGUUAGAAAUUUCACCGGCAUUAUUUUCUGGACUUUGUGCUUCUUUAGGUAGUACAUUUGGUAAACUAUCUGGUUUUGAUUAUGAUUCAGUUGAUGUUAAGUUAAAAUAUUUAUUAAAAAUCACAUUCUUCUGUCUAAUGUUAUUAUUCAAUAGUAUGGUAUGGACAUUUUUCAUAAAAGCUCUUCAUAAAUCUAGAACUUCAGUUGAAGCCACAGCAGUUAACACUGCAUCCAAUUAUGUUUUUUCGGGUCUACUGGGCUACUUAAUUUUUCAAGAAAAUAUAGGAUUUUUUUGUAACAAUGUAGCGUGUCGAUGGCUUCGCACGGUUUUCAUCUUACCCAUCAUGGGAAAUGGUAUGAACAAGGUUCUUCCCGGCUUAUACGUCGGAAAUUACCGAGAUUCCAAAGACAAUGCACAACUCGAAAGAUAUGGAAUCACACACAUAAUUGCAAUACAUGAUGCAGCCAGAAAAUUACAUCAUGACAAACAUUAUCUUUGUGUCAUGGCGUCCGAUACUCCGGAUCAAAAUUUAAGUCAAUAUUUUCCAAUAUGUAAUGAUUUUAUACACGCAGCCAGACUUAGAGGUGGAAACGUUUUGAUUCAUUGUUUAGCCGGAAUGUCGAGAAGUGUAACCGUUACCGUGGCUUAUAUAAUGAGCGUAACGGAUUUGUCGUGGAAAGAAGCGUUAAAAGUCGUUCGUGUCGGUAGAUCCGUUGCUAAUCCCAAUUUGGGAUUUCAAAAACAACUUCAAGAAUUCGAAACAUGCAGAUUGGGAGAGGAAAGGAAAAGGCUCAAAGAAAGAUAUCCGUCUCUUGCACUUGUAGAAUCCGAUCAAGAACAAUGUCGGUUAUCAUUAAUGAACUAUGAAAGUUUAUUACAAUCGAAAGAUUUGUGCGAAGGAAAUUGUCCCGUUGGUGAAACGUGUCCAACGGGUUUAUGCAGAAGUCCAAGCUAUUGUUUUGCUGCUUUAUUUAUUAAAAAAAACAUGGCGGACAAUCGAUUAAUAAUUAUUAUUAACGGAUUUGUUUUGAUAUUUAGGCCACUUCGGCGGAAAUCAAGUUCGUCAAGUUUAAGAACAUCAUCAUCACCAAGAAUGCUUCCGCCAACUCCAACCCCAAUGGGUGGACCAGAUUUAACCCGAAGCAGUGCCUCCAUAAACAGUUUUAGUCCAAUUCCUGGAAGAAGACCGUGUAGCGGACCUGCCGGGUUACAUUCUUACACGGGUCCAAGUCCAAUGCAAACUAGAUCGCCUUCGAGAACGAGCGUCACGGAACUUCCGCCUGGAGUAUCAUCUCUUAGCGAUUUACAUAAAAAACGUGGGAAUUCAGCACCGGGAACACCGUUGAUGACACCACCAUCAAGUCCUCAACGUUGGCCAAGGAGAGCUUCAACUUUAAAUAAAAAACCAAUACAACAUGCUCAAAGAUCAUCACUUAAUUAA